AUGUUGCCCCAAAGGAAGAACUGGAAGUCCAUGGGUAAAGGCCUCGUCCUGGGGACGCUUCUCACCAGCUUCAUGCUGCUUCUGUACUCCUACGCGGUCCCACCCUUGCAAGUCAGCAUGACAGAGAUUCCCAUUCCUUAUUCGUGCUCGUCCUACCGCACCCGGGCCCGGCUCUCGGCUUCAGGGAACAGCACCCAAGAUUCCCCAGGAGAAAAAUGCCUCCCCAGGCUCAACAUCAUGUUCAUGAAGACUCACAAAACAGCCAGCAGCACCCUCCUCAAUAUCCUCUUCCGUUUCGGGGAGAAGCACCGCCUCAAGUUCGCCUUCCCCAACGGACGGAGCGAUUUCUACUACCCAUCUUUCUUCGACCGCAACCAGGUGAAAAACUACCAGCCCGGCGUGUGCUUCAACAUCAUCUGCAACCACAUGCGCUUCCAGUACGAGGAGGUGCGCAAGUUGCUGCCGGCGGACGCCGUCUUCGUGACGGUGCUGCGGGAUCCGGCCUACCUCUUUGAGUCUUCUUUCCAUUACUUUGGGGGGAUCAUCCCGUUGACCUGGAAGGUGUUGGGCGAUGACAAGCUGGCUGAAUUCCUGAGGGACCCUUGGCAUUACUACGACCCAAAAGGGUACAACGCGCACUACCUCCAGAAUCUCCUUUUCUUCGACUUGGGCUAUGACAACAACCUGGACCCCAACAGCCCGCUGGUCGAACAGUACAUUCACGAGAUCGACGGGCGUUUUCAUCUGGUGAUGCUCCUGGAGUACUUCGACGAAUCUCUGGUGCUCCUGAAGGAUCUGCUGUGUUGGGAGCUGGAAGACAUUCUCUACUUCAAGCUCAACGCCCGCAAAGGCUCCACCGUCUCGAGGCUGACCGACGACCUCUACCAAAAAGCCACAGCGUGGAACCUCCUGGACGCCAAGCUCUACCAGCACUUCAACACCACCUUCUGGCGCAAAGUGGAAGCCUACGGCACGGCGCGGAUGGCGAGGGACGUCACCCGGCUGAACGAAGAGAACGAGAAGAUGAAGAGCAUCUGCAUUGACGGCGGCCGCCCCGUGGACGCCAACGCCAUCCAGGAAUCGGCCAUGCAGCCCUGGCAGCCCCUGGGCGAGAAAUCCAUCCUGGGCUACAAUUUGAAAAAAAAGAUUCACAAAAAACACCGGAAACUUUGCCGCAAAAUGCUGACCCCCGAGAUACAAUACCUGUCGGACCUCGGGGUCAACCUGUGGAUUACGAAGCUGUGGAGCUGGGUGAGGGUGUUUUUGAAGUGGUAA